AGCUCCAGGAACUCAACAACUGCCUCGCUCACAGCCCAGGAUCAUGCCAACCCAGUGCCCCAAGCUCCGGAGCUGCCUAUCCAGGUGGGCAUUUGGCACAUUUGUGCUUGCCGUAACAUUUCCCAUGGGCUCCAACAAUCCUCCCACCUACUCUUGGAAGGACUCCACUACCCAGGAGCGGCUGCAGUGCCAGCAGUGCCCACCAGGUACCUAUGUGUCUCAGCACUGCAGCCGCACAAGCCCCACGCAGUGCCAGCCGUGCCCAACCCUGCACUACACGCAGUACUGGAACUACCUGGACAAGUGCCGCUACUGUAAUGUGUUCUGCGGGGCACAGGAGGAGGAGGUCCACCCCUGCAGUGCCACCCACAACCGCGUCUGCCAGUGCCAGCCCGGCUACUACGCCUAUAUGGACUUCUGCAUCGAGCAUUCGACCUGUCCUCUGGGCUCUGGAGUAGUGUCCCAGGGGACCCCCACCAAGAACACAGAGUGCCAGGAAUGCCCCCGGGGCACCUUCUCAGAUAACAGCUCCAGGACAGAGCCCUGCCAGUCCCACCAGAACUGCACGCUGCUUGGUAUGAAAGUCAACGUACCUGGAAACCGGUUUCACGACACCCUGUGCACCCGCUGUGACAACUUCCAGCUCAACAGCUCGGAGCCAGGCAACAAGGACUGUGAGCAGGCGUUGAUCGACUUUGUGGCGUACCAGGACAUCCCACUGAAGCGGCUCCUGAGGCUGCAGCAGGUGCUGGGGAAGCGCGGGGGCCGCCGGUCAGACCAGGGCUUUCAAGUGGUCAUGCAGAAGAAGCUGCUACAGCAGCUGAUGGAGAAGAAGGAGGCGCAGACCUCAGAUGCGCUCAUCACGGAGCUCUUGCAAGCCCUGCGGACGGUCAAGCUGUACGGGCUCAUAGAGAAGAUCCAGAAACACUUCUCCCUCCAUUCGGACAAUUUAACUUCCACUUCGGCCCCCUGGACUUAUUUAGUUCUCUGAGCCCCACUCCAGAUCCAGGCUGUGUUGCAAGCAGCCGGGACCCUUCCCCAAUCAGCCAGCUUGAACGUGGGGUUCACACUCCCUGUCCUCCUACCUCAUGAGAAGUCCAAUCCCAGGCCAAUCCUAGUCUAAGUUUGGGAUUUUUCUGAGCUGAAGAAGAUUUGUAUCAUUUAUUUUUAUAAAGUGAGUUUUACUGAA